CACAUCAGCAGAAGCAGAAAUGUCUGAUCAGAACAUCCACAAUGCUGGCUUCACUUCCUCUGGGAUCAAAGGAGAAUCACUUGCUUCAUCAAUGAUGUGCCGUGAAGCAAAAGCAUCUGGAGGAGGUGUGCAUUCUGGAGGCCCUACUUCAAGUCUCCAAGAAAUGGGUGCCAGAGGCUCAGCACAUUCAUCAGGUUUUACCACCAGUGGGAUCUCUGCUGGAUCCCGGGCCUCCAAGAUGAUGUCUCAGGAGGCCAAAUCCCAUGGAGGUGGAACUCCCAGGGGUGGUACAACUUCCACUGUCCAGUCCAUCUCAAUGGGAGGCAAAGGUGGAAGACACUAAACAGGAGAAAAACACCAGUCUGGAAGCAAGCUUUGCAAGCACUUCAUCCUGUACAAACUCUCAUUGUACAAGUUCUCCCCUUUGUUGCUC